AAAUUCGUAACAUUGCUGUUUCUAUUCUGAGAAGGCCGUAUUCUGUGCGUUAGACAAACCACACUUCUACGGCGAGCCUGCACAACGUCUAGGAGACAUCCCCCAAAUUCAUAUUUUGAUUCCUUUGGGUUGCGAUGUCUACAAAUGUGAAAGUUGAACCGGAACCGAAAGAAGACGAAUUAAAUGCACCCGUUGAUAGAAAGGAUUUUGUCCACAACCUUGUCGCAGAAACGAUCAAACAAGAACUUGAUGAGAGCGGGUAUUCUAAUGUUACCUGUAUUUGGGAAUGUAAAAGUGAGGUACAGAAGACGGAUGAAUUUGUUGAACGCUUCUCAGAGAAACAUUCUGAUACUUUUCCAUAUACUAAGGAAGCUAUUCGAAAAUGUUUUAAGUGUGAACAGUGCAAUUUUACAACAAAGUACAAAGGUAAUUUAACGAAACAUCUGUUAACUCACAAGACUACCAAGGAUUUAAAAUGUUCAGAGUGUACGUAUGCAACCAAUACCAAGUCUAAUUUUAAAAUACAUUUGCUUACGCACACCACCUACAAGGAUUUAAAAUGUGACCAGUGUGAUUAUUCCACGAACAAUAUAUCCCAUUUCAAAGCACAUACGUUAACACACAAGAUUAUUAAGAAUUUAAAAUGUGAUCAGUGCGACUACGCAACCACUCAUAGUUCCUACUUGAAGAAACAUUUAUUAAAACACACCAAUUCCAAGGACUUCAAAUGCGACCAGUGCGAUUACGCAACUUGUUUUAAACAUCAUUUGAAAUCGCACGUAUUAACACACAAUACUUCUAAAGUCUUAAAUUGUGACCAGUGUGAUUUCGCAACAAACUAUAAAUCGUACUUCAAAACACACCUUUUAACACACAAAGUUUCGGUUCUUCCGGUGAGUAAUAAAUAUUUAAAAUGUGAUCAGUGUUGUUACGCUACUAAUUUCAUUUCUCAAAUGAACCGACAUCUGCUAAGACACAAGACUUUGAAGGGUUUAAAAUGUGACCAGUGCGAUUAUGCAACCAAUAAGAAGUAUAAUUUGAAAACCCAUCAGUUAAAACACAAAAAUUCCAAAGAUUUCAAAUGUCCACAGUGUGAUUAUGCAACAAAUUACAAGUACUCCUUUACAACACAUCUGUUAACGCACAAAAGUUUUAAAGAUUUAAAAUGUAAUCAGUGUGAUUACGCAACUAACAAUAGAUCUCUUAUGCGAAUACAUCUCUUAAGGCAUAAAAUUUCCAAAGAUUUAAAAUGUGAGCAUUGUGAAUAUGCGACGAAUAUAAAGGGUGACCUCACACAACAUAUGUUACUGCAUAGAACUUACAAGGAUUUAAAAUGCAUUCAGUGUAGUUACGCAACCAAUAGUAGACUCCGUUUUAAAGAACAUCUGUUAACCCAUAAGAUUUCCAAAGAUUUAAAAUGUGCCGACUGUGAUUAUGCAACCAACUUUAAACACAAGCUAAAGCAACAUCUGUUAACGCACAAGUCAUCCAUGGAUUUCAGAUGUGCUCAUUGCUAUUACGCGACAAAUAAUAGAGGCCAUUUAAAAACGCACUUGUUAACGCAUAAAACUUUCAGACAUGUUAAAUGUAACCAGUGCGAUUACGCUGCAAAUAACGAACAGCAGAUUAAAAAGCAUCUGUUAACGCACAAGACUACCAAAGAUUUCCGAUGUACUCAUUGCGAUUACGGAACCAAUAAUAAAUCAAAUUUGACUGGGCAUCAGUUGAAACACAGAACUUUUAAAAGUUUAAAAUGUACUCAGUGUGAUUACGGAACUAAUACGAAGUCCUAUAUGAGAAAACAUCUGUUAAGGCACAAGAUAUCCAAAGAUUUAAAAUGUGACCGUUGCGAUUACGCGACAAACGUCAAAGACGAUCUCAAACAACAUGUGUUGCUACAUAAGCCAAAGGAUUUAAAGUGUACUCUGUGCGAUUACGCAACUAACAAUAGAAACAGUUUUAAAGAACACCUGUUAACUCACAAGGCUUCCAAAGAUUUAAAGUGUGUCCUGUGCGAUUAUGCUACCAAUUUUAAAAACAAGUUAAAACGCCAUCUGUUAACACACAAGACUACCAAAGAUUUCCAAUGCACUCUGUGCAGUUAUUCGACCCAUUAUAAAUUCAAGUUGAAAGAACAUCACCUAAGACACAAGACUGUCUAAGGUUCAUUAUCCAGUGAUUCAUUGCCAUUUGUACGUAGAUAGUUUGGUGCUAGUCAUUUUUGAAAGCGCUUAAAACACUCCGGAUUUGAAAGGGAAUUGUGGAAUGGCCCUCAUUAUGACGAAGCCACGACAAUUAAAAGAUGCUAAUAAGAUGGCGGCUGUGUCACCAUUGUACUUUACGUGGUUGGUUACUUAACAAAAGGUACAUUCGUACAAUAUAUGAAUCUUUAAUGAGUGUUGUAUGUAGGGUAUCCGUAAAAAUUUCCAGAAUAUUUUUUGUCAUUUAUUUAAUAAUCAUUUGAUUGAAAUGUAUACUAAAUUUAAUUGUAAAACUCAAAAAUAAAACAAAAAGAAUU